UUGACACCGUUGACACUGACAGUUAAUUAACCUUAAAAAAAGUUGUACAUAACCUUUGUUUUUUUUGAAAACUUAUUUAUUAAGAAGUCCUAUAUUUAAAAAUGCUACUGUAUAUUAAAUUAGCUAGGUCUUUAAUAAUACCUUUAAAUGUUAGCAAACGUAUGUUCUGCGCUGUUAAAAACAUAACACCCAUUUCUUUAGCAUAUAAUAAAAUAGAUGGAGAUCCAUCUUUGGCUCCUGUUAUAAUUGCUCACGGUUUAUUCGGUAAUAAAACGAAUUGGGCUACAAUAGCCAAAAAUUUGAAUGAGAAUACGAAAAGAACAACGAUCGCGGUUGACCUUAGAAAUCAUGGUGACAGUGAACAUUCAUCAGAACACACUUAUCCCCAUAUGGCAGAAGAUCUGCGUUUUACAUUGACGCAAUUAAAUCUAAAUAAAUAUUCUCUUCUGGGCCAUUCUAUGGGGGGCAGGACUGUGAUGUUACUUGCAUUGAUGUAUCCAGAACUGAUAGAAAAAUUGGUUGUGGCUGAUAUUUCACCGGUUACAGUCAGCCCACAAUUAAGAUCAAUCGAUAAGAUAUUUAAAGCAAUGGAAAAGGUAGAAUUUCCUAAAAAGGUAACAAGGGCCGCUUGUAGACGAAUGGUUAUAGAGCAGUUGGGAAGAUAUAUAGACAGUGAAGACCUUAAGGCUUUUCUAGCUACAAAUAUAACUCCAAUGGCAGAUGGCUAUAGUUGGGCAAUUAAUGUUGCAGCAUUGAAAGAGAAUUAUGAGGAAAUUGCUGGGUUUCCAAAGAUAGAUAACCAAUUUCACGGUCCCACAUUGUUCAUAGCAGGAGAUCUUUCUGAUUUUAUUCCUCUUGAUGAACAUGAUGGUAUUUACAAAAUAUUCCCGAAUGCUUCCAUU